AUGUCACGCCAGGCCUCCCGAUCCGACAUUGCCAAACUCCUCCAGAACGUGCCUCUGGACAGUGAAGAGUCUGGAGCCAGAACGCGUGCUGUGCUGUUAGUUCGGCAAGCUAUUGCACAAAGCUGGCAUGUGUUGCGGGAUGCUGUGCGUGCCACCGCGCGUGACGCAUGGAAGCAGGCUGUUGCUGUUCAUGAAAAGGCUUUAAAGGAGCUGGAGAAACUUCAUGGCAGUGAGACUGCUUUUGCUCCUUGGCCUACAGACCUGAUUGUGGGUGAGCAGCCUGUGCAAAAUGCCGAGCCCGUAGAAGACAUUCUUUCUGGGAAGCCUGAACGAGAUUCUCCCCCGCACUCCUUCCAUUACCUCGUCAGCCCAAACUCCGUGUGGACAGUUCUGAAGGUGGACCCGUCCAGCAGCGUGGACGGGUAUGCGCACUAUCUCAGCAAUGCUGAGUGGUACAGGAUGCGUACACCGUACUCGCAGUGGUUCACUAAAAAUCUUACUUCUGUCUAUGGUCCAUUGGCCCAGCUUCUCGAAGUUGCUCGCAGAGCAGGCUACAAGGGCAGUGUGGCCGGGGUGACAAUGCUUCCCGUUGACGCAUGCACAGUUCUGGGCAUGCUGGUUAUGAUGGCCACUGUGCUGCCCACGACAAGCUUGGCUAAUGAAGGACUCAAGGAAUGUGUAGCCGUUCUGGAAACCCUGGAGGAGCAUAUGCGUGUGAAUGCUACCGUGCAGCUGCUGCCCAUGUCUGAGGUUUUUGCCGUGGAAGUCCGCGACAAUUAUAUGACUGUUUCUUGCAUCAAGAAAGUCCUGCACGAGCUGGAUCUUGGCUGGGCCAGGUUCUCCAAGAAAAUGCCUCCUGGAUGUAACGGAGCCUCGAUACGACUGAGCCACUUCCUGGUGACUUGUCUUCGGAUGCGCAACGACAAGCAAUUCUGGGACACUUUGGGUUUCCGUCGUAUGACCAAGAGGACCCUGCACUUGUUUGCGCAGCAGGCUGAGCAAACAUUAGAAUCUGUGGUUGUUGACCGAUGCCCAGAUCCUAGACUGGCGCAGAAGUACCAUCCUUUCAGCAAAGAUGCUCGACGUAGAGGAGAUCGUUCUCUGCGCAUGCAGUUGGUUGGUCGCUUCCUGUGCCGCGGGGCGGGCUAUGUGACAGUCAAGGAUGAGAAAAGCUUGGCUGAACUUGACAUCGUGGCUGAGAAGUCAUGUUUAGCUGCCCGCACUGCUUCUGAGUAUGUGGCACGGCUACUCUUCAAGACCCAGCAGGCUGUUCAGGAUGUAGUGGACAAGCAGGACAUGCCCUGCCUCAACUUCUGCUUUGAUGGCGCCACCAUCGCCUCGGAGCAGGUUCUUGCUACAGUCUUCCGUUUGGGGGGCACGCACUUUGCGGGUCCAACCCAGCUACUGCAAUCAAACACCUGCAGCCUUGAUGAAGCUAGAGUUGCUGCCGAGAGCCUGGCCUCAGGUCUUGAAGGACGAAUCCCACAGGAUGCCUUGCAACGGGUUCGCUUCCCCCAAGACUGUUUCCGCUUCAAGGAAUAUCGGAGUUCAACAAAAUAUUUGUUGAAUGGACUUGCUAACUCCAUUCAGCAGGUUAUGCAUGAGGGGUGGUCCUUUGCAAGCUGCCGACCUCCAAAUCCCCUGCGUGCUCGGGACAAGUGCAGUGAACGUCUUCUGCUGGACCGCGCAGAAAUGCAACUAUGCCCCAACUCCCCGCCUGCCGAUUCCAGGCUCUUCUUCGUUUGGAACUCGGACACCUUGGAAGCCAGGUAUGAUUUCUACACCUCCGAGAAAUUCACUCGCCUGGUUUUUGCUGCGGAUGAGGGAACUGAGGCUCCGUUGGGGCAAUCUGGUCAUUUGUAA